AAUCACGUAUUUUUAAACCCAUAUCAAACUCUGAUAUUGACUCGUUCCUAAACAAACAAGCUUAUUUAUUUUCCAAUGUUACCAAUACCGAUAAAUGAGUAAUGUGCCUAAAGUAUUGUCUCAGUCAUGUCUUUAUCACGAAGCGAAAUGGACCGCUCUUUCUUACUAAUCCAAGAAAGAACUCACCACGUGUUUUAGAUUACAUCGAAAAAGCCCAAACCGCUGACUUUGAAACCGCCAUCCAUUACUCAAGGUAUGGAAAAUUCCAGGCCUUGCUCCUUGCUGUUUGUGGGACAAUUUACGCAACUUGCGCCAUCAGCUCAACGACUUUAUCGUUCGUCUUGCCUUCGGCCAAAUGUGACUUUAAUUUAUCAUCAGUUGAUAAGGGGAAAUUAUCAGCGAUGCCUCUAAUCGGAAUGAUUUUCGGGUGCAGUCUUUGGGGCUCAAUUGCUGAUUCUCAGGGACGUAAAGUCGCAAUAAUGCUUUCGCUCCUCGUUGAUUUUCUCGCAGCUUUGAUUUCUUCCUUCGCUCAAACUUUCAGCUUCUUUUUAAUUUGUCGGUUCUUCAACGGAUUCGGUAUUAUAGGGGCCACUAGUAUUAUUUUCUCUUAUUUGGGCGAAUUCGCGUCAAAGAAACACCGAGAUGUGAUGUUGGGUCGUUUGGAAGUGUUCUGGAACGUUGGAGUGAUCCUACUACCAGGUGUGGCCUGGGUUCUACUGAACCGAACCACUUUGGACUCAUUCAUCGACCAUGGAAAUUUCAGCCCUUGGCGAAUUUUUGUUCUGGUCUGCAGUAUCCCAAGCUUGAUCAGUCUAGUCAUGUUGUAUUUCCUACCAGAGACACCAAAAUUUCUCAUUUCGAAAGGGCAAUACGAAAAGGCUAAACUCGUUUUCCAGAAGGUUUUCACCUUUAACACUGGAUUUCCCUCGUAUGCUUAUCCAGUCAUGACUCUAGAAGGAGAGUACGAAAAUAAUAAUAAUUCUGAAGGACUGGGCACUAAAGUGCCACUUAGGGAAAAAAUCUGUGUCAAGAUUACGUCCAUUGUGAGUGAAACGCAAGUGUUGUUCACGCAACCGUAUCUGAAAUACCUCUCAGUGACUUGUUUUGCGGAUUUUGGCUUAAUGGCAAGUUACUACACUUUGAUUAUGUGGUUUCCCGAAAUUUUCGACCGUUUCAACCAGUUUGAAGUGACUCAUCCCAACAGUACUGCAAGUGUUUGUUCCGUGUCCAAUGGAAGAGCGGACGCUCUUGAAGUAUUUUUCCCUGAACCUUGCAACCCUUCAAUAGAUAAUCGUGUUUUUCUGGACACGAUUAUUAUAGGAUUAAGCUGUGUUCCUACGUCAGUAUCGCUCAGCUUCUUUAUGAAGAAGUUCGGCAAGAAAGCGGUAUUAAUUAUUGGAUUGGUGAUGUCAGGGUUAUCAACCCUCUCGCUGAACUGGGUACAAAGUUCAACUGAAACUCUCGUGCUUUCUUGUGUUUUUGAAGCACUGACCAGUAUUCUUGAAGCUGUGAUUUUUUGCUUUAUUGUCGAUUUGUUUCCGACAAAUCUUAGGGCAAUUGCUUUAGCUGUGACUGCAUCCUCAGGGAGAAUUGGCGCAAUUUUUGGAAAUGUAGUUUUUGGCUUGUUGAUCGAUUGGCAAUGUUUUGUACCGAUUUAUCUGUUUGGCUCGCUCCUCAUAGCCAGCGGAACGCUUUGCUUGGUCUUACCUCAAACGGACAAAUACAUGGUAAUACAAUAAGAAGCCAGUUUUAUUUUUUAUUUUUUUAUUUUUUAUUUUAUCUUUUAUUUAUUCAUAUUUAUAUUCUGUUUAGUUUUAUAUAAAAAGUUUUAUUAAGUAC